CAGAGCUUUCUUCAACACAUUCCCCUGUGUAUCUGACAGUUUUUACACUCCAAGUUGGAGGAUAAUCUGCACUAUUGCCUCUAAAGUUUAUGUGAUGAGCAGCAUCUCAACAAGCAGUACGGUGCAGGACAAAAAAGAGGGGGGCGGAGUCAUAAUAUCCCCAUCAACUUUUGACCAUGACACCAUCGUCACCCCACCUCCUCCUGCUGCUCCCCCACCACUGCCAGUGGCAAACAUUGAAAGGAGGUGUAAAAUUAGGAGUUUUUACUGGAAGCCAAUUCCAGACGAACACAUUCAACAGCGAGGAGCACCUAACUUGUGGACACUUGCAAAGCAUUCCGAUAAACAUAAAUUUCUUAUCGACAUUAAGACUAUUGAGGACCUGUUUGGACACACUGACAAACACACAGUAACAACAAAUAGCAACAAGACCAACCGAGUACACAGCAGUUUGUCUGAGCAGAACAAUAAGAUUAGCAUCCUUGACCCUAAAAGGAGUAUGAAUGUAGCGAUUUUCCUUAAAUGUUUUAAAAAAUCCAUUCAGACUCUCAUUGAUUACAUUGUUCAUGGAAACAGUGGGGCAUUUGGAGCAGAACGACUGAGAGAACUGAACAAACUACUGCCAAACACACAUGAGGUGAAAAAGCUCCAUUCAUAUAAAGGAGAUAAAACAAAUUUAAACACUGUGGACUCCUUUAUGUACCAACUCACACUUUUACCCAGGUUUGAUCUGCGUGUAGAGGCCAUGCUAUUGAGGGAGGAGUUUUCAGUUUUAUGCUCAUCACUGAAACAGGAUGUGUUCACUAUCCGCUCUGCCAUCAGAGAACUGCUGAGUUGUGUGGAGCUUCACUCAGUCCUUCACCUGGUGCUGGAAGCAGGAAACAUCAUAAACACUGAUGGUUAUGGUGGAAAUGCUGUGGGUUUUAAACUCUCCUCACUUCUGUCUCUGGCAGAAACCAAAUCCAAUAAACAAGGAAUGAACCUGCUGCACUUUGUUGCUCUGGAGGCCAAGAAUAAAGAUGACCAGCUGCUCAAAUUUCCUCUCAAGCUUCAGUAUGUCGAGAGCGCAGCACGGGUGAAUGUGGACAUUUUGUGUAUUGAAUUGGACAAUCUGACCAGGAGAAUAGAAAUCCUACAGCAGAACAUUCAAAAUGAUACACAACUAAUGCAGCAACUAGACACCUUCUUACAGUGUGCAGUUGUUUCUCUAAAGGACGUCAGUGUUUGUCAUUCUCUGUUGGUGACUGAAGGAGUAGAGAUGAUUGAUUUCUUUUGUGAAGACAGAGAGACAUUCAAAUUGGAUGAGUGUUUCUACAUUUUUUAUCAUUUCUGCUCCAAAUUCACUAAAGCAGUACAGGAGAAUGAGGAGCAUGCAGUUAGGGCAGAGUCUCAUCUGAAACGAGUCAAAUCCAGCGAGGGAAAGCAGCCUUCCUGGGCAAGACAACAAUUGGUAUGCAGAGUCUUGGGGUCCAGGUGCAGCAGUGAAAUUAAUGUUCAGACAGCUGUGAAGUGGGAGGGGCUUAUAGAGCUCCUUAAUGCUCAACCCCCCAGCUUCCACAACUCUCUGGAAGAGUUUGGCCUCCAUCGCCAGCGGCGGCGGGUCAGUGGCAGCAACAUGAAUAUAACAGACACACACUCACCGUCAGACACACACUCUCCCUCAUUGUGCAUGCCUGUCCAGGUGGAAACCCACACAGUGUUUCCUGAACUGCAAAACUUUCCAUUUAAAACUUUCUUUUGUGGUUACCAUGGCAAUGACCCCACUGACAUAUCUAGCAGUGAUGCAACAAAUAAUGAAGAGAUUCCAUACCAUGGCACUGGCAAACACCCAGACAUGAACAGACACAUCGAAAUGACCUCUGACCCUGCAAAGGCAACGGUCGAAGUUGAUGCCAAGUUAGUUUUAGGGCUGGAGUCAGGUGUGGAUAGAACUAUAGAGAUGAUAAACAAACAGUGUGAGAUCCAGAAUGAGGAAUUAAACAGCAACUUCGGUUUUAAACAGAAGCUUGAUGUCUCUCCAGCUGCUGCUAAAACUAAUGCUAACAGUAGCAACCCACCAGAAUUAAAAAGCACCAGGAAGUCUACCAAUCAGGAAUUAGACUGCGAAAUUACCAAAAUAACCAAUAAAUCUAAUAAUGCUACAUGUGAAAAUGUGAAGUCAUUCAGGAAAUUUCCACUGAAAAAAACUAUAGUUUCUCCUGAUCCCUCCCCCUCAUCACUAAAACUCAAGCCACUUCAUCCUGUACAAACUCUCACUGAAAAACAAAGCAUGAGGAAAGUUUUUUCUGUUAGAAGCACCAAGCCCCAGCCACUCACACACUCUCAGAGUGUUAAAAUCCUGACCCCAACUACAUCUGCCUCUUCAUGCACAACUGCACCAGUGCACACAAGUCUGACUUCCAAAGUGUCCUUCAUUCAGAAAUCAAUGGUGAAGAAGCCAACAAUUUACCAGAAAUCUGCACCCAAAGAGAAAAUAUGUAGAGCUACAUAUCUACACUCUCAGGAAAGUCAUAGCCAUACCCACAAAACCAUGCCUCACUUUGCUUGCAGGCAGCACCGUGGCUUCCACCACUCGCAGUUCUGCCACCAUUAGUAACGCCCAUCUCAGUCAGAAGGAUGUGUCCACUUCUCCAAAAGCACAGAUUCACACAGUGCCCUGCAGAGCAAGCCAACUGAGCACACCUAGUAGAUCAGCUAAUAAAGAUGUAAAAAAUGUAAAGGUCAUACCUGUACGUCCGGCUUGGAGGUAGACAACUUAAAAAGAUGAAGCAUUUGAAUUA